UUUGGUGCUACAACUCACUGGCCGAUUUGAUUUCAGUACAAAAUUUUGUUGGGAGCCAAAAUCUCCAUAGACGCUUUAUUUAUGAUCAAAAAUGCCUAGGGAAAUUAUUACACUUCAACUAGGACAAUGUGGAAACCAGAUUGGUAUGGAGUUUUGGAAACAACUUUGUGCAGAACAUGGGAUAAGUCCAGAGGGAAUUUUAGAAGAGUUUGCCACAGAAGGCACAGAUAGGAAAGAUGUUUUCUUUUACCAGGCUGAUGAUGAACACUACAUCCCCCGAUCUGUCUUACUUGAUUUGGAGCCUCGUGUUAUCAACACUAUCAUGAAUUCCCCAUAUGCCAACCUUUACAACCCAGAAAAUGUUUACUUGUCCAAACAUGGUGGUGGUGCAGGCAAUAACUGGGCUAGUGGUUACUGUCAGGCAGAAAAGUUGUAUGAUGAUAUUUUUGAUAUAAUAGACAGAGAAGCAGAUGGAAGUGACAGUUUAGAGGGCUUUGUUGUUUGUCAUUCUAUUGCUGGUGGCACAGGAUCUGGAAUGGGCUCUUACAUAUUGGAAAAAUUAAAUGACAGGUUUCCAAAAAAGUUGAUUCAAACAUACUCUGUUUUUCCCAAUGUUGAUGAAAUCUCAGAUGUUGUUGUACAACCAUACAACUCUCUUUUGACACUUAAACGACUCACGCAAAAUGCAGAUUGUGUGGUUGUUCUUGACAAUACAGCAUUGAACAGAAUAGCAGCUGACAGGCUACACAUUGACACCCCAACAUUUGCCCACGUCAACCAACUUGUUUCAACUGUAAUGGCAACCUCAACGACGACACUGAGAUAUCCAGGCUAUAUGAACAAUGAUCUGAUUGGCUUGAUUGCAUCCCUGAUUCCUACACCUCGUUUGCACUUUUUGAUGACUGGAUAUACACCUUUAACAACUGACUCACAGGUGGCCAAUGUGCGAAAAACAACAGUUCUAGAUGUUAUGAGAAGAUUGUUACAGCCUAAGAAUAUGAUGGUAUCCACGCCAGUGCAGAGGCAAGGGAACAACCACUGCUACAUUUCUAUUCUAAACAUCAUUCAAGGAGAAGUGGAUCCCACACAGGUACACAAAAGUCUUCAAAGAAUCAGAGAACGCAAGUUAGCCCAGUUUAUACCGUGGGGUCCAGCUAGCAUUCAGGUUGCUCUUUCUCGCAAAUCCCCUUAUGUGCAGACAGCCCACAGAGUCAGUGGACUUAUGUUAGCCAACCACACAAAUAUUUCUCAGUUAUUUGAUCGUAUCUUAAAUCAGUACGACAAAUUAAGAAAUCGCAAGGCUUUUAUUGAGCAGUUCAUGAAAGAAGCCAUUUUUAAAGACAGUUUAGAUGAGUUUGACAAUUCUCGAGAGUCCUUACAACAGUUAAUUGAUGAAUACAAUGCAGCCACAAGAUCAGACUAUUUAACAUGGGGAACACAGCAGGCUGGUGCAGUGUAACUGUCAAUGGAUCUGUUCAUCUCCUACUGCUCAUAGACAAUGGGCUUUCAUCUACUGCUGAAUGAAGUUACUCACUUUUAAGAAAUGCGUCACUUCGUAUGUCAUUGCGCAUGUUGACACGUCCAACUUUGAAAUAUUUCUUUUAUAAUAUAUUUUAUAAACUUAUGAUUUGGUUUGUUUUAUAGUAGUUUAACCCUUUCAGCCUUAUGCAAAUGCAGUAUGUACAACUCAUAUCUAAAGGGGCAUAACUACAUUUAUUUACAAAACUAGAUUUGAAAAGUCUAUACACAAGCCAAAAAUACCAAUGUAAUAAAAAUAACUUUACUUUCACUAUCUUAUUUUUUAGUUUUAAAAGGAUCAUAUUUGUAAAUAAAUACUCACAUUAUCAAACCACGUGCUACACAGCAACUUGUGCACCACUGGUAAACAAAACUGUUGAAAGGGUUAAAUUUGUCUCAGUUGAGUGCUCUUUUAACACCAAGAGAGCUGCAGUUGAAAUAGUCAUGCAUGAUUCAUUUUGAUAUCUGUACACAAGCAAAAGGAAAAAGCAAGGUUGCAGAAAGAUUUUCCCUAAACCCGGCUACUUAAUGGUGUGUGAACACAUUUAUUAUUUAUAAAAGAAAUUUGUACUAUUUAAAUGUCAAGCAAAACUUAUGUCGAUCUUUUUUUUUUUUUUUUUGCUGAAUAGCUUUCCAAAACAACUUUGCGUGACAUAUUUUUAUAUUGUAUUUUAGAAAUAAAUACUGUAUAUAAGAAUUACAAAACUUUAAGAUCAAAACUUUACAUAUGGAAUAAAAUGUUCUAUUUAAUUGAGGUUUUUUUUUAACUUAUUAAUCUCUUAAUUAAAUGACUCAAAUGUAUGUUUGACAAACCGUGUACAAGCUACCAAAUAUAAAUUCUUAAAAUACUUUUUGCUGUUCAAACAUUGCAAUAGCAUGUUUUGUAAAUAGUUGUUUUGAUGACAUUAAAAUUUGUCAUACUAUACUUCCAAAAUAUUUUGUUAAAUUAACUAUGAAUAGAAAUUAAAAUUAUAUUCCACUU